AUGACUGAUGACCCUCCAAGUCAUUUUAUUUACUGCACUAAGAACCUGGCGACGAGUGGAGACGACCCCAAACCACCCACAGGACCCCAAAAUCACCCACAGGAACCCAUUAAACCACCCACAGGAACCCAAAACCACCCACAGGAACCCAAACCACCCACAGGACCCCAAAACCACCACAGGACCCCAAAACCACCCACAGGAACCAAACCACCCACAGGAACCCAAAACCACACAGGAACCCAAACCACCCACAGGAACCCAAAACCACCCACAGGAACCCAAACCACCCACAGGAACCCAAACCACCCACAGGAACCCAAACCACCCACAGGAACCCAAACCACCCACAGGAACCCAAAACCACCCACAGGAACCCAAACCACCCACAGGAACCCAAAACCACCCACAGGAACCCAAAACCACCCACAGAACCCAAAACCACCCACAGGACCAAACCACCCACAGGACCCCAAAACCACCACAGGACCAAACCACGCACAGGAACCCAAAACCACCCACAGGACCAAACCACGCACAGGACCCCAAAACCACCCACAGGAACCCAAAACCACCCACAGGAACCCAAACCACCCACAGGAACCCAAACCACCACAGGACCCCAAACCACCCACAGGAACCCAAAACCACCCACAGGAACCCAAAACCACCCACAGGAACCCAAAACCACCCACAGGAACCCAAACCACCCACAGGACCCCAAACCACCCACAGGAACCCAAACCACCCACAGGACCCCAAAACCACCCACAGGAACCAAAACCACCCACAGGAACCCAAACCACCCACAGGAACCCAAACCACCCACAGGAACCCAAACCACCCACAGGAACCCAAAACCACCCACAGGAACCCAAAACCACCACAGGAACCCAAACCACCCACACAGGACCCCAAACCACCCACAGAACCCAAAACCACCCACAGGACCCCAAACCACCCACAGGAACCCAAAACCACCCACAGGAACCCAAAACCACCCACAGGACCCCAAACCACCCACAGACCCCAAAACCACCCACAGGACCCCAAACCACGCACAGGAACCCAAACCACCCACAGGAACCCAAACCACCCACAGGACCUCAAACCACCCACAGGACCCCAAAACCACCCACAGGACCCCAAAACCACACAGGAACCCAAAACCACCCACAGGAACCCAAACCACCCAGGACCAAACCACCCACAGGACCCCAAAACCACCCACAGGACCCCAAACCACCCACAGGACCCCAAACCACCCACAGGAACCCAAAACCAUCCACAGGAACCCUAAAACCACCCACAGGACCCCAAAACCACCCACAGGACCCCAAAAUCCACAGGACCCCAAAACCACGCACAGGAACCAAACCACGGAACCUAAACCACCCACAGGACCUCAAAACCACCCACAGGACCCCAAAACCACCACAGGACCCCAAAACCAUCCACAGGAACCCAAACCACCCACAGGACCCCAAACCACCCACAGGACCCCAAAACCACCCACAGGACCCCAAAGCCAUCCACAGGAACCCAAAACCACCCACAGGAACCCAAAACCAUCCACAGGAACCCUAA